UCUCUUUCUCUCUCUCACACACAAACCACAAACCCACUACCACACACACACACAUAUUGACCCAAUAGACUAUACAUACAGAUAUUAUAGAUACACAUAUACAUACAUGUACGUGUCCUAUGUGCGUGUAUAUAAACUAGAGAUGCUUCAAAUCACCUCUCCAAUUUCUUCCCUACAAAAAAAAAUUCUCUCUAAAUCUACUGGUUUAAUUUGUUCUACGGCGCACACACAAAAAUGGUGGAUCAUCAGCAAACUGUGUGCAGUAUGUGCGGCGAUGUUGGUUUUCCGGACAAGCUCUUCCGCUGCUCCAAGUGCCGCCGCCGCUUUCAGCACUCGUAUUGCAGCAAUUACUACCAUGGCAAACAAGCGGAGCCUAUUGGAAUCUGUGAUUGGUGCCAAUGCGAGGAGAAAAGCUCGUCUGGGAAUUGCAAAAACAGCAGUAACAAAUCGGGUCAUGCAAGUACCGAAUUGAGGUCGCCGGCCAGCUCCGGCGAGAAACUCCGGCAGCAUCACCACCGGGAGGAGGGCGGCUCGUCUGCGGAGAAGGCCGCCGGAAAACUCCCCUCCCCGCGGCCCACCCCUCGCAGGUACAAGCUCCUCAAGGAUGUUAUGUGCUGAUUUUGA